CCAUUUAAUCUCUCCUCUCAACAUCCAUCCAUCCAUCGUUAUCACAAGUCCUAAUGCACUUUCCACCCCCUUAAUGUCUUCUUCGACCAUUCUCCAUCGAUAACGUUGGCUUCAUCAACUCAAGUCAACCUAAUUUUUCUGGAGAACCACCGGCUGUUAUCCCAUUUAUUUAUGGGGGAAUCUCACGCUGCUUAGUGCUUACUCUACAGUCUACUCUCUCUAUAUAUAUACCUAGAUACUACUCAAGAAAUUCUCUCUAAUUAAGGCUUGCCUUCGGUCCCCCUCCUUCCCUCCCUCCCUCCUGCCUCCUCCUUCCUUGCCUCCGUAACCACUUCUGUUUAGAGUGCCCUUUGUCACGUCUCUCUGGGAUUCUUAAACGUGCGUCGGUGAACUUGACGGGCGUCAGACACCUCGUCACACUACGCCACGCUACGCUACGUUCUCACAUUUACUCCUACACCAUUAUAGGGACUUGGCUUUGUGGUCAAAGCUCAUGCUAGAAUUCAAGUAAAAUUUUCUUCUCUUUGCCUUUCCUUCUCUGCCGGGGAAUUCUCUCUUUCUCAAUUCUCACUACAACGUACCUUCCUUUUUGUAUUUUUUGGCCUCACGAAACAAAAAGGGAGGACCAUUCAGCUCAACCAAUACUCUUACUACUACUACUACUUAAUAAAGUUCACUCACCAACACAACAGAAGCAAAUAUUACGUACCAACUACGAGUUGUUGUAGAGAGUAUUUGGGUUUGAUCGAUGGGGAAUUGCCAGGCGGCAGAAGCGGCCACGGUGGUGAUUCAGCAUCCGGGGAACAAAGUCGAGAGGAUUUACUGGUCCGUCAGCGCUCACGAGGUCAUGUCUUCCAACCCCGGCCACUACGUCGCACUUGUCAUCAGCUCAUCGACAGCGACGAGGUCGGAGAAUGGUACACCGGUGAAGCAGCUGAAGCUUCUCCGUCCUGAUGACUCUUUGCUUAUGGGACAAGUUUAUCGACUCGUCAGCUUCGAAGAUGUACUGAAAGAGUUUGCCGCCAAGAAAUCGGUGAAACUUGGAAAACUGCUAAAGGAGAGUGGUGGGCUCGUUCUGGAUACCAAGACUAACUUGUCUGCUCCCACUCCCAACUCCAAUUCCAGGCCCAGAUUGGUGAAUGGAAAUUCGUCGCUUAUUAAGGGUGCACACGAGGGCUAUGGAGCAGGUAGCAGCAGUAGUAGCGGAAUGGGCAGCAACAGUGGUAGCAGCAGCAACAGAGGCGUGGGAAGGCAUCAUAUUGGUCAUGUUGGGCAGUGGAAGCCAGCCUUACAGAGUAUUGCAGAGAUUGGAACUUGAACUCAGCCUAAAGAGAUUUGCCAGGACUGGUACUACAACGUAGUGACGUCCUAGUGCUACUCCUGAUGGUCCUUAUCCCCUUUCCGCACAAAUUAUAGAUUCUCUUGCAUGCUGCUUUUUCAGAAGAUGCAUGAUUCAUGCAUGUACAAAAGCACUCGUCAUCAGUUACCAGUUUUCUGUAUUUGCGUGAACAAUUCCCUCUUGCAUUGAUGUUCUUUUGUAUAAAUGAAUGAAAGAAGCGGCCGGGAGGGACCAUUUCAUUUCUAUUAGCUUGUGACGUCUUUGCUGGAUUUAUGUGGAGGGUUUACUCCCAGGUGUCGUGCCUUUUAAGUCAUACUUUAAAAGCUUUCUGCAGAUGCACCUUGCAGCUCUUGA